CAUUGACAGUUCAGUCAUGAUUUCGUGAAAUUUGUGUUGUGUUUUUGUGCUGAAAUUUAUUUGAAAAAUGGAUUCCACGGACAUUCUUGACGAUAAAGAUAGCGGUCCAGAGGUGCAGAUCAAUCUGCCAAGCUCUGUGAUGAGCCGCAUCGAGGAGUUGAUGGGAGGAACUGAGCAAUUCGACAGCGACGAAUUCGAUGCUGUGGCGUACAUCAACAGAGUGUUCCCGACAGAGCAGUCUCUGUCUGGAGUGGAGAGCGCCGCAGCGAGAUGCGAAUUUAGGCUAUCAGGCGUGGAACAUGACAUCAGGCGCCUGGUGCGUGCUCAAGCUGAGCAAAGGGAGGCAGGACAGAAGGCAUUACUUGAUGCACAACGCUGCAUCGGAGAGUUGGCUCUGCAGGUGGCAGACAUAAACAAGAAGGCCGAACGCAGCGAGAGCAUGGUCCGCGAGAUCACAGCGGAGAUCAAGCAGCUGGACUGCGCCAAGUGGAACCUGACAGCUGCCAUCACCGCGCUCAACCAUCUGCAUAUGCUUGUCGGCGGCGCUGACUCGCUGCGGAGCAUGACGCUCGCCAAACAGUACAAGGAACUGGUGCUGCCCAUGCAGGCUAUCAUGGAGGUAAAGUCCCGUCGCCAAGCAGAUAGAAUUUUGUCCAAUGACCCCAAGCUACCCAUCCUUAUCAAUUAUUUUCUUAAUUAUUCCAGAGAGUUCGGUUCGAGCAUAGAGAAGGCCUUCUACAAAGACAUGACCGUGCCAGAACUGAUCGACAGGCUACUGAAGAAGCGAGCGGCUGUCUUCAUGGGCCCAGAAGAUACCUACAAACUGGUCACCGGACAAGAAAGCGAAGACGGCUGGGAAUCAGUGGGCACAUUACAACAGAAGCCACCGCUACUGUUAGAAAACUGUCUAAGCUACGAUGAGAUGAAGUUAUCGGCCUUUGUAUACGUUAGCAGCCCUACGGAAUGCAUCAACAAUGGGUCCAGGCAUAAUGAAGGGGUCGAGAGCGAUGAUGAUGCGGAGACACACGCUGUUAUUGUGGGACAAAUAGGCGCUCGUUUCGAGCGUACCAACCGCAUGGAUUACGAAGAUAUCGUCAUAACUGAACAGCAGAACCGCCUAGAGAAUGGUUAUGGUGAAGAGGUCACGCCGACAACUUGCCUCAAUGUAUUGAAGACUACUUACGUUCGGAAUAACCAGUCGGCCAGGCAUAUGUGGCGGCAAAUGUGGGCAGAAUUCUAUCAGGUGCACAGCGUAACCUACGAAGAACUAAUCUCGUACGUAACAAUAGAAACGAAAUCGGAAGAGAAGCAAUAUACGGACCGGUACAUCCCUAUCGGCGAUACAGUAGUGUUCGACAAUGAAGUAUACUAUAAGCGGAUAAGCGUGCUAGCGGAGAGCGCACUGCUUGAAGCGGAGAACAGGGCCAAGGAAGCGGAGAAGGACGCGUUUGUGAAUGUGAUCGGGUGUG